GUGCAUGUAUUGUCGCCAUAUGGAGUUGUCCAUUCCUGUCACUAUGGCAACAGCAGCUUGGAUGUUACCACGUGUUCUGUUCACGUGGCGUUUUUACUUUUGGACGGAUUUAUCCUCCUCUAUUAAUUACAUUUCCCAAUAAUCACCCUUAUCAACUUGCACACUGAAACAGAAGCUGAGAUUUACACAGCCCACCCCCUCCACCUGACCCUGUAAAUCCAAUUAGAGCCGCUUGAGUGCCACUCAUCGCUCUCAAACACACUCUCCAGGCAUUUAUACGUCUGCUUUGCUUCGGAUCCCUCCCUUGUCCAGCAACGUCGGCUGCUAUCGAGGGGGAAAAGACCUUUUAUUUGUUAUCGGUGGGUGUUGGAAGCAACGGGCUGCCCUGUUGUCUUGUUCCCAUCUCUCUUGUUUCUCUUAAUCGCGACUGUUCGCUCCCUAACCUCCUGCCACCGCCCCUCUCUCUGAGAAGAGUGAGAAGAGGGAACAGGAGAAAGCGUCUGUUCUGUAAUCGCUGGAUGAAACAUGACGGCAGAGCUGGACAUCGACCAGGUUUCCUGUGCUGUGACUGACGUGGAGCAUGACAUUGAGACUCCUCACGGUGUCCUUCACGUGACUUUGAGAGGGACCCCCAAAGGCAACCGGCCGGUCAUUCUCACCUAUCAUGACAUCGGACUCAACCACAAGUCAUGUUUCAACACACUCUUUAACUUCGAGGACAUGCAGGAGAUCACCCAGCACUUUGCUGUGGUCCAUGUUGAUGCUCCAGGCCAGCAAGAAUCUGCACCUCCUUUCCCCACCGGGUACCAGUACCCCACCAUGGAUGAGCUUGCUGAAAUGCUGCCCUCAGUUCUGACUCAGCUAAAAAUCAACAGUGUGAUUGGUAUCGGUGUGGGCGCUGGAGCUUAUAUCCUCUCUAGACUCGCUCUGAAUGAGCCUGCUCUGGUGGAGGGAUUGGUUCUCAUCAAUGUGGACCCCUGUGCUAAGGGCUGGAUCGACUGGGCUGCCUCUAAGCUGUCUGGAUGGACCAGCAAUCUAAUAGACAUCGUGAUGGCACACCAUUUCAGCACGGACGAGCUGACAGAGAACCAGGAGAUCAUUCAAACAUACCGUCUGCACAUCGCUCAAGACAUCAAUCAGGACAACCUGGCUCUUUUCUGCCAAUCCUACAACAGUCGGCAAGAUCUGGAGAUUGAGAGGCCCGUCCCGGGACUUAAUGAAAAUACAGUCAAAACACUGAAAUGUCCUUCCCUGCUAAUAGUUGGUGACACAUCACCAGCGGUAGAUGCUGUGGUUGAAUGCAACUCGAGGUUAAAUCCAACCAAGACUACUUUACUCAAGAUGGCAGAUUGUGGUGGACUUCCCCAAGUUGUCCAACCGGGUAAACUCGCUGAGGCCUUCAAGUACUUUGUCCAGGGAAUGGGCUACAUCCCUCAUGUGCUACUCAGCCACCUGAACAGCGAAUCAGUGCCCACUGCCGGCAUGACCCGAUUGUCCCGGUCCCGCACUCACUCUUCCUCCAGCAUGGGCUCAGCGGACGGCACACGCAGCCGCGCUCAUACCAGUUCACAGGUGGAAGGCGCCACUGGCGGCUCAGUCCUCGACAACCAGACCAGACCGCAAACCAUGGAGGUGUCCUGCUAAAGCACCCAGAACCAAGCCACCAUUUCACCCGGGAUCAUACGCGUGUUACCCUUCUGCACCUCAGACCGCUUUCUGUCCGAUUUGGGUUUUUUUUCCCCCCACUCUGGCUUGGUCUUUCAUUCUUUGUCUACUUGUUCCCUUGUGGCCAGAGAGCAAGUAUACAAAAACUAAAGCGGGUCUAAUGAAGGGAUGCACUGUUUGAUGUCUAGUAAUCCAUGUAUUUAAACAUAUUGGAAUAUUUCUCCACUGCAUGGACGCACACUAUGUUUUUACCUUGAUUGGCGUACUGCUUUAUUACUCCAUUAUUGUUAUUUUUGUCAUCCUUCCAAGAUUCAUUUUCCCACUGGAUAUGCUUCUUGUGUGUAUAUUUAGCUGGUGGCUGUUGUAUAUUGAAUAUUCAGAGGGUAUUCUCGUCUGUAGCAGGAGAGGUUUCGUUCCCUCUCUUGCCCUCUCUAAGGUCUUCCUGCCCCUUGUGUUCACUAUAGAGACCACCGAACCACUUCACUUCCCCUUUGUUGACUGAUUUCUUGCUUUUAGACGGCUUCUACUUCUGUCACCAUAUUUGGUUUUGUUUGACGGUCUGCUAUUUGUAGUGUUUCGAAAAAGCUACUGAUUAGCAUGCCCCUAUUUAAAGUGUACAAUAGAUAUUUAUAUUAGUAUUAAUUAUGUUUAGAUCUUCAAUGGUUAAUUGAAUUCUCUUUGGUUGAAUGUAAUCAAUCUGAUUCUGUUUACAUGGAGAACUGUACUGAGUUGUAGACUAGAAGCCCCUUAAUAGUGAAGACUUUGCUUAGGUUUUGUACAAUAUUUUUCACAAUCUGUGCUUUGGAGAUCAGCUGCACCAAAACAAGCCAAUAGCUGAAGAGAAGAUCUGAACAGGUAUAUGUACCAUAAGGGGCAUCUAGAGGUGUGAAAACAGCAUGGUUCCUCUGAAUGCACUAGUAACCUGUAGGCUUUUGGUAAAAACCCUCCAUUCCUUCUGUACAGUGGACUGAUAUCCCAAUAACCUCAUAUUGUUUUGACUACUCUGUUAGCUUCUGAAGUGUUGUUGUUAUUGGUCUUUGUUCUUUAUUCUUUCAGUGGAUGUCAGUUGUUGAUCGCUGAUUGUACCGCUGCCUUGAUGCGUUGUGCUUUGUCCUCCAGGCAUUUAGGGGGCGCUGUACUGCAUACUGCCCGCUGAGUAUAUCAAUUUGUACGAAUAUUGAAAUAAAGUAGUUGUACAUAAAA